AUGCAGCCUCCCUCACUAGUGCUUCCACAAUCCUCGAGCUCUUCUGCUACACCAACUAUAGCCUCUCGGCUCAAACCGCCAGCGGCGAGGGAUCCCUCGUUUCAACCUCCCGCGUACCCUCAUGCCAUCUCCCCAGGCUACCAGACUCCCCAUCCCCACAUUACCAUCGACCCGGUCAGCACCGCGCAUAUCCCCUCGUUGACUCGCAUCACGGGUCUCCUCCUACCCAUCCGCUAUCCAAACUCAUUCUACACGGCGACAAUCACCGACCCCGUCAUCGCAUCAGUCUCACGCGUCGCGGUCUACCAUGAUCAUCCCGUAGCCGCGGCACCGUCUACCACCCCGUCACCCGCCGCAUCGAGCUUAGGAGCAAGUACAGGGACAGACAAAGUCAUCGGCGGCAUUAGAUGCCGACUUGAACGCCUGCUCGCCACGGCCCUAGAGCCCGGAACGAGUUCUCAUUCGCAGAAGCCGGAGCCAACGAAUCUCUACAUUCAGACUCUCCAUCUGCUCUCCCCGUAUCGGGGCUGUGGUGUUGCGGCCUCCCUGCUCAAUGCUAUACUUUUCGCUUCUCCGCCUUCGCCUUCAUCCUCCUCAUCCUUUGCUUCUUAUAAUGUAUCAGAGCUGGUGAAACAUUACAACAUCCGCACUGUCACGGCGCAUGUCCAUGAAGCCAACGAGGAGGGUCUGAGGUGGUACAUUGCCCGAGGAUUUCAGGUAGAAGAGGGCCUGGUGGAGAACUACUACCGACGACUGAAGCCUUCUGGAGCGAGGAUCGUCAAACUGGCUCUGCAAUGGAAUGAUGAUGGUGACUCAGACGGUACCGCUCAGAGCAGCUCAGAGCAGACUCGUCCCGCCCAGAAUGAUGCCAAGGGCGAGGACGAAGAUGACGACUGGGAGAAAGUCGAGGCCGAGGAUAGCGAUGGCCCGGAUGCCCAUGGAGUUCGGCCGUUUACGGAGUCAAGGAUCCUGGAGGCGGAUGAUGGUCCCACAAGGAAACGGAAGGCGGACGAUGAGCCCCAGAGACAUUGA